UCUUCCUUAUUCGCUGUGUGUUAGCAUUUGCCAUGUAUUCUCUGAUACUCCAUGGAAGAAGGUUGGUCGAGUUGCGUCAAUUGAGAGUUACAGUGCAAAAGCCAUUUGCUUUUUUCUCAUCCGCUAGUGCUGGAGAUUUGGGUCCUAGAGUUGGUCGUAAAGGUAAGAACUUUACAGUCUCUUACCUCGUUGAUUCAUUGGGGUUAACUACAAAGCUCGCAGAAUCGAUUUCGAAAAAAGUCAGCUUCGAGGACAAGUCAAAUCCUGACUCUGUUCUGAACCUUCUUAGGGUUUAUGGGUUCACUGAUUCUCAGAUCUCCAGCAUCAUUACGGACUAUCCACGAUUGUUUAUGGCAUAUGCUGAGAAAACACUUGCUCCAAAGCUUCAAUUUUUGCAGUCCAGAGGAGCUUCGAGCUCUGAGCUCACUGAGAUUGUUUCUACAGUUCCUAAAAUCUUGGGAAAGAAAGGGGACCAAACUAUUAGUAGAUACUAUGAUUUCGUCAAAGUCAUUAUAGAAGCUGAUAAGAGCUCCAAGAUAUGUCAUUCUUUGCCGGAGGGUAGUAAGCAGGAGAAUAAAAUCAGAAAUCUGUUGGUUUUGAGAGAAUUAGGUGUGUCUCAGAGGUUGUUAUUCUCAUUGCUUACAUCGAAUGCGAAAUAUGUCUGUGGAAAAGAAAGAUUUCAAGAAUCUUUCAAGAAGGUCGUGGAGAUGGGUUUUGAUCCAAGUACCUCAAAGUUUCUCGUAGCUCUGCGUGUUGUUUUCGGUUUGAGGGAGGUAACAAUAGAAGAAAAAGUCACUGCGUAUGAAAAGUUAGGUGUGGGAGUGAGUGAUGUAUGGGAAAUGUUCAAGAAGUGGCCAAGCUUUCUUGGAUACUCAGAGAAGAAGAUAGUUCAGACGUUUGAAACCCUCAAAAAGUGUGGACUACUCGAAGAAGAGAUCCCCUCAGUGUUCAAGAAGUGUCCGCAAUGCAUUGGUGCUUCAGAGCAGAAGAUAUUGAACUCUAUUGAAACAUUUAUAGGCCUAGGAUUCAGCAGAGAUGAGUUUGCAAAGAUAGCCAAGAUCCAUCCUAAGUGCAUUGGAUAUUCAGCAGAGACGGUGAAGAAGAAGACUGUAUUUCUGGUGGAGAAGAUGAAUUGGCCACUAAGAGAGAUGGCUUUGUUCCCUACAGUACUUGGAUACAGCAUGAAGAAGAGGAUUGUCCCGAGGUGUAACGUAAUCAAAGCUCUCAUGUCAAAAGGAUUGCUAAGAAGCCAACUCCCUCCAAUGUCGUCUGUCUUGGCAUGCACCGAUGAGGCCUUCUUAAACAGGUAUGUGAGGAACCAUGAUGACAAGGAGCUGGUGCCUGAGUUGAUGGCCAUUUUCUCUAGAGGUCGUGUUUCAUAGAUCAGAAGGCUUGUCAAGGAUUUUGCUUUUGUUUUUGAGUAUCUAAAACCUUGAUUUUAGACCUUAAAAAGCAAGCCAACUAGGAUUGGAAUGAUGCAAUGCAGGUCCUGAGUUGUUGGAUUGGUCAUGUAAGCCUUUUUGGCUCCUUAAUUAGUGUUUGAUCUUUGGUUUCACUAAAUUCUUUAAUGUUUUGGGAUUGGUGGGGGUACUUAAAUCACAGCUGGUCAUGUAAGCCUUUCAAAA